UAACAAACUAAACUUCUGUGACCUGAUCUCUUUUAUCCACAGGAUAUGUUAACUCACUGCAGAGUGGACCGCCUCAUCUGAUAAAGACAAGUGAAACGCAGCUUGAUUUCGAGGAAGACGUUGCUGUACAGGAGGGGGAUAUGUUACUGCCAACUGACAGGAAUGCAGUGAGUCAGCUGUGGGCUGAGGUGAAUGGAAGUUUGUCAGUGCCUUAUGAAAUUGAUCUUGCUCUUGAGGACAGGACUAAAGAUAUUCUUAAAGCCUUAAAUAUGAUUUCCGAGAAAACAUGCGUCAGAUUUCAUCCACAUGCUAAUGAAACCGACUAUUUGCACUUUGAAUACGGAAAAGGGUGUGCAUCUUAUGUUGGGUGUUUGGGGGGUGUCCAGUCUCUUCAGAUUGGGCCAAGAUGUACGGUUGGGAACAUCUGCCACGAGAUCCUUCACUCCCUCGGCAUUUACCAUGAGCAUACCCGAUAUGACCGUGGUGAUCAUGUCACUAUACUUGAGAAAAACAUUGCCUCUGGGAAAGAGAUAAAUUUUGUGAAGAGAAAGGGGAACACCCUCGGUCUGAAGUAUGACCCGGAAUCUAUCAUGCAUUAUGGAACCAAUUACUUCUCUAGCAAUGGAAUGCCCACAAUUGAGCCCAAAGAGAAUGGUGUAAAGAUCGGCCAGAGGAGUCACUUGUCUGAUCUUGAUGUGCAAAAGAUCAAGAAGCUGUACCACUGUGGUACGUCAUAUGUGCACAUUUAUCAUAUUCUGGUUACCAUAAUACCUGUGGAUAUUAUGGUUCCCUCAUUAAAAAUCUCAUUACCUUAUUAAAAACAUCAAAUAGACUUGUUACUUGAAAUUAAAGGUUAUGUAGAUGAACUGUA